AUGGCUGAUCAAUAUGGAAUUUCAGAAUCCCAAUAUAAACUCAUACAAAUGCAAGCCGCAAGGCGCGCUGAGAUGAGACGUGAAUUCUUAAAGCAGAGAACAAAUCCUUGGAAAAAUGCCUCCGAAGCUGGAUAUGUUUUUGACGAAGCUCAUCAAAGAUUUAUCUCUAUGAAAGUUACCCAAUUCGAUCAUUUUAAACCUAACAGAAGAACAACUUUGUUUGGAAUGUGCGCUAUUGUUCUUCCUAUGUUGACUUAUGGAUAUUUAAUUAAGAACGAUCGUGAUGGCCGUGAAGCGAAGAUCAGGAGCGGUGAACUUCGCUACAAGGAUAGGCUGUUUAAACUGUGU